UUUUUUAAUUUGAAAAAGUGCGUUUUGAAAUUCAUUCGUAUAUAAAGAUAUCUCAGCAGACGCCUCUUCCUAACUGAUAAAGCUUGAAAGAAAGCUACGGCCCUCCUUCCUUUCCAGAUUAUCCGUCCCAAUUCUUCGUCUUCCUCUUCUGUUUUGGUGAAGUGGAAGAAGAUUCAGCUGGUUGGAUAAAGUUUCAAUAGGCGUUUUCGCUUGGUUUGAAAGAUUUUACGGAAGAGUUUCUCUCUGUUUUUGUUGAUUUUGUUAUGCUGAUGACAAUUUGAAUUCGUUUUACGAACUUUUGGUUGUUUUCUUCGUAUUUUGGAAAUUGAAAUGGGAGUGAAGGUUGCUACGACGUGUUUACAAUGGUCACAGCCUAUUGUUCAUCAUUCUUCUUGUUAUUCGCAAACCCUAGCCUCCAUAGUUCCAUAUCCUUCAUCAACGACGCGGCGAAACCGUCGCAAUGGAGGCGGGCGUUGUGUUUACUCGCUUAGUCGACCAGGUUUAUUCGGAAUCCAGCUCACGAAGUUUCAACGGUCUCGUUCUUGCUGCGAUUAUAAGCCAAGGAUUCGGACGAUCAGAACAGCGUGUAGUGCCCAUAUGGAAGACGGUUUCUCAGAUGAAGAAUUCUCCAAACAGAUUCAGGAAUUGGCGCUUAGGUUUCAAGUUUCCUCUGAUGUGAACAGCAGCCAUUUCAACGCUGUGAGUUCGGAUUCCGUUUCCGAUUCCAGUGUUGAUCAUGAAUUUAAUACUGCUGAGUGUUCUUUACAAAAUCAGAUCCAAAUCACACCCCCUCAACUCGUUUCAACAGAAUCUCCAUGGCCAGAAAUCUACCAUGAACCUUCGGAAUGGACUCAAGAAAGUGAGAUAAUUCCAGACGAUAUCGAACGGAAAGCAAACAGUGUUGACCUUCCGUUAUCUCUUCGAAUCUUGAAGAGGAAAAUGCAAUGGCAUGACGGUAUCAGAGAAGCAAGAGAGUCCGCUUAUUGUUCAGUGAAGAAGGCAUUCUCCUCCAUGGUUUUCAUGAUUAGAGAACUCCACAGCUAUUCCCUAAAAUUGAGAGAGAUCCUCUUUUACGAAGAUUUACAAGGCAUUCUGAAUCGAGUUGAAAAAGAAAUGCACGCUUCAUUUGUGUGGUUAUUCCAGCAAGUUUUCUCACACACUCCAACUUUAAUGGUGUAUGUGAUGAUUCUCUUAGCCAAUUUCACAGUAUAUUCCAUGGGAAACAACCUUGCAAUUGCUUCUUCUUCCUCUCCUUCCCCUUCUAUAACACAGACAGCUGAGGAAUCCUUUCAAAUCCAAAACCAAAAGCCACAGAAAUUCCAUUCCUCGACAAUCAAGACGUUUUCAGUGUCGGGGAAAACAAAUUCCAUCGGCGGCGGUAAUGGAGGAGGCGGCGGAAAGGUCAGGCCGAUUGCCAGUGGAACAGACGGCGAUGGAUUCAAUCGGUCAGUCAACUAUCCCACCGUCAUGCCGGACGGGACUUCCCAAUUGUCGUCGAUUGGGGCUUCGGCUGAAGAAGAAACCUCGAUAACAGGGGGAAUUAUCAGAGAAGAGGAGGUUUCUCUAUGGAAUUCGAUUCUGAAAGAAGCUUCGGAAAUGAGAUCUGCUAUGAGAAAUGAAGCAAUCGAUGAAGAAACGGUUAGGAGAUUGGUAUCGCCGGUCAUAGCAAACAUUGAAUCGGAUAAUUACGCGGAGUAUUUUAGAACAGAGCUUUUGUACCAAACGGGAUUAUCCCAAGAUCCUAAUAAUCCACUCCUUCUCACCAAUUACGCCCAAUUUCUUUGCCUCGUUGCCCAUGAUUACGAUAGAGCGGAGGAAUACUUCAAGAAGGCAGUGGCAGUGAAACCGCCGGAUGCAGAUGCGUUCCACAAAUACGCAACUUUCUUAUGGAGAGUCAGAAAGGAUUUGUGGGCAGCCGAAGAGUUAUUUCUGGAAUCCGUUUCAGCCGAGUCCGGUAACCCAUUUUAUGCUGCAAAAUACGCCAGUUUUCUCUGGACCAAUGGUGCUGAAGAAACGUGUUUAGAAAAUUUGUAAUUUCCCUAAACCCCUUAAAGAAAAAAAAAACAAAAUACAAAUAAACGAAAAGAUCAUAAAAUCCCAAGUUUCGCAAUUGGAAUGGCAAUGGCGGCUUGAUCAGUGACAGGAUUUUUGUUUGGGGAAUAUUCAUCCAUCCUAAUUCCAAUGCCCUCUCUCUCUUGGAACUGUAACUGUAAGCUUCCUCUUCCUCUUCCUCUUCCUCUUCCUCUUCCUCCUCUCCUUAUUUACUUUUUUUUUCUUUUUCCCUCUCCAUUUCUCUGAUAUGGGAAAUUGUAAUUAUCUUUUUCUUUUUACAAAAUUGUUGAUUUCUAGAUAGAAGGAAAAACAAAAAAGAAAAAUAAUAUGAGAUUAUUCAAUAUAUAAAUUUACGUCGUUCUUUUAUUUUCCUCA